ACGUUGGCACCAUUAGCCCAGAAGGCCAAACAGUUGAAGGCAAAGCCAGGCGUUGGUUCCCGUAUAUUUAUGCGCAUAACCAAAUCACAAUCUGCAAGGUCACACCACUCGCGGAGAACCUCGCUCCCUUAAUUUCUUGACUUUCUUCUUCCACCGCUCUGCUUCUCACCCUCCUCUCUCUUGUUACAUAAAGUUCCCUUCUGUAGCAAAACCAAAUUAGGGCAUAAACCAUGGACGAAAUCAUAUCCUCAUGUUCAACUAAUUUCUGCCAAGAAACCUCCCCCACAUUUCAACAGCGCCUACAGUUCAUAGUUCAGAACAGGCCUGAGUGGUGGGUGUAUUCCAUUUUCUGGCAAGCCUCCAAAGACAGCAUUAGUGACCAGGUUUCCCUGUCAUGGGCCGGCGGCCAUUUUCGGAACACUCGCGAUCACUUGGCAUCGAAAAGAAGCAGCCGAAUAGCCAACAAUUACCAACUCAAAUUUGGGUUCAACAAUGUGGAGAGAAAGAGGGUGAAUAACCGGGAAGUUGAAUCACUUUUGCAUGAUGACAUGGUGGAUUUGGACAUGAGGCUCGUGGAUCAUGGAGAUGUCACUGACUCCGAGUGGUUUUACUUUUAUACCGUUUCUUUAACCCAGUCAUUCUCCGGAAGCCACGGUAAUAAUAGUACCAAUAUUCUCGGCAGGGCAUUUGGUUCUGGUGGGUUUGUUUGGCUUGCAGGUGACCAUGAAUUUCAGUUUUAUGAGUGUGAGAGAGUUAAAGAAGCAAGAAUGCAUGGAAUCCAAACUUUGGUUUGCAUUGCAACUCCUUGUGGGGUACUUGAACUGGCCUCUUUGGAUGUGAUCAAAGAAGAUUGGGGUCUAGUGCAUUUAUCAAAGUCGCUGUUCGGAUCAGAUGACAACAUCAACAUGAACAACAACAACAGGCUCUCAAAACGGCAGACCAGCCGUGACGGCGAUGUACUUGUUCCUAUCCUAGAAAAUGGACUGUUUUCAGCAGCUCAAAAGGAAUUGAUCCCACAAGAUCAAGGUGGUGGUAUAAACGAAGCUGCACCUAUCAAUCUAGGAGGGUCGUCGCCAGAAUCACCUUCUGAUUCUGUUGGGAACUUCACCUCCGAGAAUACGGAGAACACGAUUCGGUCGAAAAAGCGAGGAAGAUCAUCAAAACAUGGAGCUGCAAAUAGAGAAUCACAAUUGUUAAACCACGUUGAGGCCGAGAGACAGAGGAGGGAGAAGCUCAACCACCGAUUCUAUGUCCUCCGGUCAGUUGUUCCCAAUGUGUCAAAAAUGGACAGGUCCUCUUUGCUUGCCGAUGCCGUGGCCUACAUCAAUCAACUCAAAUCAAAAGUUCAGGAAUUGGAGGCCAAAGUCCAAGAACAACCACAAAAGCCUAAAGCGGGCAAUAAUCCAAGCAACAAUCUUGAUCAUCACUCCAGCCAAAGCACCAGCUCCAUAGUUGACCAGCAUCAUUAUUCUAAUAAAAAUAAUAAUAGUAUUAAUAGUAGUAAUAGUGAUAGGGCAGCUUCUGCGGUUAUGGAAGUGGAUGUGAAGAUUUCGGCGUCAGAAGCCAUGAUACAUGUUCAGUGUCCGGAUGAAGACUACCCAUAUGCUAAGUUGAUGAAUGCACUCAAAAGCCUAGGGCUACAAGUUUACCAUGCAAGCAUAUCAAGCGUGAAAGAGUUGAUGAUUCAAGAUGUUGUGGCAAGACUGCCUUAUGGGUUCAUUGGUGGUAAGGAAGCAUUGAGAAAUGGUAUUAUAAAAGGCUGGUACCAUUAAAAACAAUUUUAUUUAGUUUCCUUAGCUAAUGAGGACAAUGAUUUUAUUUUACAUUGAGUAGUGCUUGUUCCACCUCAAAGUCGGUGUAAUUAAGUUUAUUGUUAAGUGAGAAUUCUUUUCUUUUCAAUUUUA